AUGGAGUUGAACAAUAACUCGCUGGUGGAGGAAAUUCAUAGUCGGACGCCUGGUCAGUGUUCAGCGCUGGCCUACAAGCUGCUGAUGUCAGAGGAGGUGCUGGGUGAAUUUAACAUGAGAAAAUACAGCACAACACUAGAGGGUCGUUGGAGACUGGUCCCGGUAGUUAGACACUGCAGGAAGGCGGAGGUGGAGCGACUCUCUGCUGCACUGGGGGACCCUCGCUGUGCCUUGCAGGUUUUGGGGUGAGAGUCUCACACAAUCCUGUUGCAAUAUAAAUGUUAUAUUGAGUGCGAGUGUGUUUGAGUGUGUUUCACUCAAUCCCAUGCCAACUGCUCUCUGCGGGCUGUGUGGUUGUCUGGUCACAGAGGAAGGCUGUGUGGUUGUCUGGUCACAGAGGAAGGCUGUGUGGUUGUCUGGUCACAGAGGAAGGCUGUGCUUCUCUGGCUUCAGCUCUGAGGUCAAACCCCUCCCACCAGAGGGAACUGGACCUGAGCUACAAUCACCCAGGAGACUCUGGAGUGAAGCUGCUCUCUGCUAGACUGGAGGAUCCACACUGUAGACUGGAGGAAGUGUAGCCUAAUAUGAACAUUUCCCCCCACUUUGAAUACCGCUGAACAAAUGACAGCAAUGACUGUAAGAACUGUAUGAACAGCUGUCUGUCUGUGUCAGUCUGUCUGUUCUUCUGCCUCUCCUAUAGUGUGGAACAUGAAUCAAACCAGGCAUGAGAUAAUGUGAGUCUGAAUACAAAUCUGACAUAGAAUAUAAUGUACAGGAACCUGUCCAGGCCCGAACAUAUUAUUGCACAUUUGAAUCACCAUCAGUAUGCAAAACUUCUGACAUCGAUAACAACCCCUUUGUUGUAGAGUUUCCUAUACUCAUUCCUGUGUGUGUGUGUGUGUGUGUGUGUGUGUGUAUUUUUCUGUAGAUGCCUGUGAGCUCACCAUGGACCCUGAUUGCAUAAAAUGACACUGUCUGAGGAGAACAAGAGAUUAGAGGAGACAGAUUCCAGGGAUAGUAAACUUGGACAACGUCCAGGAUGUGCGCUGUACCCAGGGCCUGUCUGGAGUCUGUGUUUACUGGCAGGCUGAGGGGACUGGCUCCUUUUCUAUUUGGGUGACGUUCACAGAAAACAGUCCAGAGAGAACAUCUUUUGAUUAUUAUUACACCUUUUACGACGACAGCUGCAAUAUUUCAAGCCAAAUAAAUAACAUCCACCGCAAAUGUGGCGAUCGUCCCCACCUCUAAGUGUGUGGGGGGUGUUUCUGGCCAGCACUCUGUACUUCUACAGUGUCUCCUCAGACAUACUGAGCCAUCUGUACACGAUCCUCGACAUGCCGUUGUUUACUGAGCCUAGAUAUCCAGCAUUCAAGACUCACAAGGUGGGAGAGUUUGGCUCUGUCACAAUACAAACCGUGUGAUCAGAUUCACAACCAGGGAGAGUUUGGCUCUGUCACAAUACAAACCGUGUGAUCAGAUUCACAACCAGGGAGAGUUUGGCUCUGUCACAAUACAACUACCCCUUCACUCAGAGAGAUGACACCCACCUGUCUCAUCACAACUACCCCUUCACUAGGGGAACCCCCUCCAUCCAACCCCUUCACUCAAGAGAGAUGACACCCACCUGUCUCAUCACAACUACCCCUUCACUCAGAGAGAUGGCACCCACCUGUCUCAACAUAACUACCCCUUCACUCAGAGAGAUGACACCCACCUGUCUCAUCAUAACUACCCCUUCACUCAGAGAGAUGACACCCACCUGUCUCAUCACAACUACCCCUUCACUCAGAGAGAUGACACCCACCUGUCUCAUCACUAA